AUGAAAUUAACAUUUCUUGUGCUGUGUGUAGCCCUUUUGGGUUCUAAUGCCGUGGUCAAUGGCUUCUUCUUUGGUGGCAAAGGUGGUGCCAAUGGUGGCGGCGGUUUUGCUGCCAAACUUUGUGCCAUGGGUAAGACCCAAUUCUGUACCACCGCACCAACUGUUGCCCCUACCACCACUACAACGACAACAGCACCCACUGCACCGACCACGCCAACAACUCCAACCACCACAGGCACUGGUACAGGUACAGCACCAACUAAUACGGCUACUACAACAUCAACUGGUGCUGGAACUUCACCCACUGGUACAGGUACUGCACCUACUGGCAGUGGUACUUCACCCACUGGAAGCGGUGGUGCUACACCAACCGCAACAGCCACGGCGACAGCUACUGCCACUGCUCCAGCCCCAACAGCUCCAGCACCAACCUCACCACCGGCCGCAACAGCACCAGCACCCACAGCUUCGGCACCAGCACCCACAGCUACAGCGCCAUCGCCAGCACCAACAGCUACAGCACCAGCACCAGCCCCAACAGGUACAGCCCCAGCACCAACAGCCCCAUCACCAACUCCCCGUGCCUUGGCUCUGGAUGAAAUUGAGGAGAAUGAAAUUGAAGCCGCCUCCCUUGAUGAGGAUGAGAAUGCUCUGGUCGAUGAUGAAGAUGAUGAGGGAGAACGUGCUCGCCGCCGUCGUCGUAUGCGUCGUACUCGCCGUCGCCAAAGACGUAAUCGUCGUAACCGUCGCAAGAAGGCAGCUCAUCGUAACCGCAAAAUCCGCCGCAAUCGCAGGCUACGCCGCCAACGUAAAAAUCGUGCUGUGAGACGUCGUCGCAUUACCCGUCGCCGCAGGAAGAACAGGAGUGGUUAA